AUGUCGUCCAUGCGCAAUGCCGUCCAGCGGCGGCAACACCGUGAGCGUGGCCAGCUCGAGGGUCGUGAGAAGUGGGGUAUUCUCGAGAAACACAAGGAUUACUCGCUUCGCGCAAAAGACUACAAUGAGAAAAAAGCCAAGUUGAAGCGCCUGCAAGAAAAGGCCAAGGAUCGCAACCCCGAAGAAUUCUACUUUGGUAUGGUCGGCAAGAAGAACGCUCAACAGGGAAAGCAUGGACGGGGCGUUGGUGUCUCUCGAGAUUCCGCGGCUGCUCACGGUCUCAGCCACGACGCGAUCAAGUUGCUGAAGACUCAGGAUCAGAAUUAUCUGCGGACUGUGGGAGAGCGGAUACGUCGACAGAUCGAGCGUCUCGAGCACGAUGUCCAGUUGCAAGAAGGAAUGAACAAGGCUCUCGGUGUCAAAUCUAAAAAGAACGACCAGGAUGGUAACGCUGGCGAUGUUGAUGAUCUGGCCGACUUUGACGGAUUUGACGAGAUGGACGAGCUCGACUUCGGCGCUCCUGUGGCUCCCAAGCCCCGCAAAGUUCUUUUCGCAGACGACAAGGGAGUUCAACAAAGUCUGGUGCAUCAACACGAAGGGGAAGACUCGGAUUCGAUGGACGAGGACUCAGAACCAGACCAGCCCGAGUCUACCGCAUCACGAAAAUCGGCCAAGCAACUAGCCGCUGAGAAAGAAGCGCUGCGCGAGGCCCGCCGUGCUCGCAAGAUCCGCAAGCGAGUCCCGGAAGCUCGUGAGAAUAAGCUGGCGGCUUUACGCAGACAAUACGCCGAGAUUCAAAAGGCCGAACAGGAAGUCGAAUUGCAACGGGGCAAGAUGGAUCGGUCUGUUGGAGGCACCAACAAGCAUGGUCUGAAGUGGAAAGUUCGUGAGCGCAAGCGCUGA